AUGGCAGCUGCCGACCCCGCGAUCCAGCAGCACGUGGCGGAGGCCCUGGCCGCCCUGAACGCGGUGUACAACGGGAGCGGGCCCAGCCACAAGGAGGCGGACCGAUGGCUGCAGGAGUUCCAACGCAGCCAGGAGGCCUGGAGUGUCGCCGAUGCCAUGCUGAGGAUGGAGUCGGCAGAGCUGAACGUGACGUUUUUCGCGGCGCAGACCAUUCACGCCAAGAUACGGAGCAACUUCCGGGAGCUGCCACAGGAGAGCAUCCCCUCGUUGAGAGAUUCCUUGGUGGAUCACCUGGAGCGAUGGGGGGGAGCCGGCAAGUCGGCAGUGAUCACACGCCUCUGCUUGGCCCUGUCCGGGCUCGCGCUCCAGUUGAAUUGGCCAGACGUGCUCAGGGACCUCACGGGUAGAUUAAUGCGGGCGGGUUCGGUGGAGCAGCAGAAGCAGGCGGCCAGAGUCCUCCUCGAGUUCAUGAAGGAAGCGGGGGCGGGGAGACCCUCCUAUGUGCAUCGGGCGCUGCAUGUGACAUGUCGAUACAUUUGGGUGCGGCUCGGCGAUGAUGUCGUCAGCAGAAGCAGUCGACAACAAUCCUACUUGCGCUCUACUGCUGCAAGUGUGCUCGUUCUGGACGAGUGCCAGGUGUUGCCCGAAGAGGCCGUGAACCACCGCAUCGUCGUCCCCGAGGCCACCCAAGUGGCCUUCCUGCAGCAGCUGUGUGAGUCUUCGGGCUUCUUGCUGACCUCCCUCGAGCAGAUCGCCGCGGGGCCGCUCGGCGCAGAGAUCAUGGUGCAGGAGACGGUGUUCCAGUGCCUGCAGAGCUGGGUGCGGCACGUCAACGUACCCGGGGACGAGGUAGUCCGCAACCCCCUCCUGUCGGCCGCCUUCGACGCCCUGGGAAACCAAGAGCUGUUUGAGACCGCGGUGGACUUGUUGGUGGAGGUUCUGCGAAAGUACAAGGCAAACAACUUCCUGAUCGUGCAGCUCAUGGUGCCCAAGGCCAUGGCGUUAGAGGCUGCGUACAUGAAGUCGUUGGAGGAGGAAGACGCGGACGUGGCCAGGGGGCUGUGUCGACUCUUUACGGAGAUGGGGGAGGCUUAUAUGGACGUCAUCAUGGCGCCGGACGACAGAGGGCAGCUUAAGCUGGUGGAGCUGGUGCUCAUGUGCACGUCACACCCGGAGAGGGAGAUCGCCACGAUACCGCUUUAUUUCUGGUACCUGUUCUGCCGGACGCUGGAGUCCCUGGAGCCGGCCGAUCUCCGCACCGCCCGGUGCACCAUGUUCGGACCGUGCCUGAUGAGGCUAAUCGGGGUACUGGUGGCGCUGAUGCGGUACCCGGAGGACGUCGACGAGCUGGCGUACGAUGAGAUUGACGACCUGAAGAGACACCGGUACGAUGUCGCCGACGUUCUUCGAGACGUGUGCCGCAUCCUGGGGGGGGUUCAGUGCCUGCGCCAGGUGGUCAUCCUUCUGGACCAGGAGCUGGGGACUCUAGGGGCUCUGGCGAGACCAGACGAGCCGGGGGCCUGGCAGGGGGUGGAGGCGUGCCUGUUCGCGACUAGAUCGAUCGGGAGAGACAUACCGACAAGUGAGGAGACGAUAGUGCCGCAGAUCGUGGGGAUGCUGCCGCGACUACCGGGGAAUCAUCACGUGCGAUACACGGCCACGCUCAUCGUGGGGAAGUACUCGGAGUGGUUGAAGCUCCACCCCGAGCACCUGACGGAGAUGUUCGCCUUCCUGAUGGAAGGCUUCGCUUCCCCCGAAGUCAUGCCGGCGGCCGCCACCGCAAUCAAGAAUGUAUGCCACUCCUGUGGGCAGCUGAUGGGGGAGCAGGUGUUGGGUCUGUUGCAGGGUCACCUUAACGAGGCUAAGGCGCGGGAGGAGCACCGCAUUGACAUCAAGGACGAGCUGGAACUAUUACAGGGCCUCUCGUACGUGGUCAGCACCCUAGCGCCAGAUCCCGCGGCGGCGGCGAUCCGAAGACUAGUGGAGCCGAUGGCGACGGGACUGCAGCGGGACGGGGUGGCCGGCGGCGACGCCAAGCUGGCCCAGCAGGAGCUCGACAGGCUCACGGUCGUGGUCAGCCGCGCCAACCCGGUGAUGCAGGCGGGGCGAGAACACCCAGUCGUCAUGGUGGUGCGAGAGCUGUGGCCCGUGCUUGAGGCGGUGUCGGCGAAGCACCAGUCGAGCGGCCAGGUCUUCGAGAAGCUCAGCCGCUUCUUCAAGCACGCCAUGCGCACUUGCAAGGAGCACUUCGAGCCUUUGCUAAGGCCGCUAAUCGCGCACCUGGUGGGCACGUUCAGCGUCGUCCCUCACUCGUCGUGCCUGUACUGCGGGUCCAUCUGCGUGACGGAGUUCGGCAGGAGGGGGCCCGAGUUCACCGCGGUACUGUUCCAGAUGCUCAGCGACUUCGCGCAGGCGGUUUUCCGAUGUCUUCAGACGUUAGAUGACUUUACGGCUAAUCCGGACGUGGUAGAGGAGUUCUUCUACCUGGUGGGCCGAUUCGUCGACUACUGCCCCGACCCGCUCGUUACAAGUCCCCUGCUGUCGUCGUUGGUGCGGUGCGGAAUGGUGGGGCUGCAGCUUCACCACAGAGAGGCUCAGAGGGGGGUGCUCCACUGCCUGGAGGAGGUCGUGGGGCUCGCGAUGGCAGAGGGCCCGACGGGGAAGGCUAACCCGAGGGCUCAGCAGUUCAUGCCGACCGUGGAGCAGGUGCUGCGGGAGCACGGGCCAGGCCUAGUCCAGGAGCUGGUUAAGUGCUGCGUGGGGGAGCAACCGUCGUACUCGGUCGACGGGGACGGGGGCUCCGUGGCGGGAUUGAUGUGGAGAAUUUCGCGGCUGUGUCCCGCCUGGCUGCAGGAGUGGUUGCAGCAGGUUCUCGGGGCACUGCCGGCGAAGGUGGCAGACAACUACCAGAAGCAAGAGCUUAUGGAGAAGUUGUUCGGGGCGCAGGCGGACAAGGGGAGGGAGUCGUUCGACACCGCGGUGGCGAGGUUCACUUCCGUGUGCUUCCAGAACCAGAGGAGCUGGUCCGACCCUUAGUUGUCCGCCCACCCUCCCGCCGGGCUCCCCCCUCGUGGCAAGGCAGUUUAUGUAGAGCGUCGUUGGCUCCUUGCUAUGUCUGUGGUUCGCGGUGGCUCCGGCGGCGCGAAAGGCUCUGGGAAUUGUACCAUGUCGUGAUGUUGCCUGUUUUUGCAGAGUGCGGAUUGUUUGUUUUUUCGUACAUUGUAACGGAACACGCUACU